UACGUUAGUUUGAAGAGGAGAGUUUUCAGACCUUUGUGGAAGACGGCCAGUGAACAUGCUUUCCUGACUGAUUGGGGGAAAGUCAUGUCACCAUGGCGAGGAGGGCAGAGGAGAGCCGAAAGCUGUGAGGAAGGGCUGCUGGGUACUCAAAGACAUGGGACAGCCGGCCGAGAGGAUGCUGUACAGAGAGGUCUGGGUGGAGCGUACGGUGUAAUCACUGUCUGAAGAUAGGUAGGGUUAGGAUCACUUGCAGCUCGGUAUGCUGGGGCAAGUGGUUUGAAUUGAAUUUAGAGGGCAACUGGAAGCCAGUGAAGGGCGGUGAUGUGAUGAGUGUAAAUUCAGGCAGGUUGAAGACUAGGUGGGCAGCAGUUUUUUGGACCAGCUGUAGUUGCUUCGAUAGCACAGGCUGGUAGGCUGGUCAGUGUAGUGUUGCAGUGGCCCAGAUGAGAGAUCCUCGACCAGGAAGGGGUGGGCUCUCUGACGGUGUGUGAAGGGAGAACCCCAUAGCUUUCUAUCUGUCCAUGAUGAUUUACAGAGUUCUACGCUGUCAAAGUCUCUAUCCAAGCUUAGGAGGAAGGUCAGGGGCCCAAGGAAAAGAUACUACAAAGAACAGAGAACACAGACUCUCAAAAUGAGGAAACGCUGUGCGGAAUAGACUUCUGCGAUAUUCCCACAGGAAGCCGCCGGACCCUCUCAGGCCAUACGGUGCCCUAGCCGGACGCGCGUCCCCCCGUGGGACGUGCGUGAGCACGGGAGCGCUCGUGUUUGAGUUCCUUCUCUGUGUCCGGCGUGCUUUGGCGCAGGUGGAGCGCUUGCCGAGCGCGUUUCGUGGAGAAUUACGGCACAGCUGUCCGUGGACCUUAAUCCCCAGAGCUGGAGAGAAGGAUCUGCAUCCGUGGCCCCGGACCCAGUGCUGUUUGCAGAGAUUAGAGUUCGAUUGUCCGUAUGGCCAGAGGAGAACUACGACGGUUAAAUCCAGUAAAAUGGAGGUAGAAGCAGGACUGUAGGAACAAUGGCCUCUCUGUUCAGCCACCUCCCAUAGAUUCUGACCCCCUCCCAGCAGCACCAUGAACACCUCCUCUGCUCCUGAUAAUGUCACCCACGCCUUCACCAAUCACACUGUCGAUCCUCUGGGGGGUCACACCAUUUUGGAGGUAGUCGUGAUAAUCCUCAUCACUGGGCCUCUGUCCCUGGUCACCAUCAUCGGUAACUUGCUUGUCAUGAUUGCCUUUCGAGUCAACUGUCACUUGCGCACCGUCAACAACUACUUCCUGUUGAGCCUGGCUGUGGCCGACCUGAUCCUGGGGGCGAUUUCAAUGAACCUCUACACCACCUACAUCAUCAUGGACCGAUGGAUCCUGGGGAAUCUGGCCUGUGACAUCUGGCUGGCCAUAGACUAUGUGGCCAGCAACGCCUCGGUCAUGAACCUGCUGGUCAUCAGCUUCGACCGCUUCCUCUCCGUCACCAGGCCGCUCACCUACCAGGCCAAGCGCACACCCCGGCGGGCAGCCAUCAUGAUCAGCCUGGCCUGGGCCAUCUCCUUCGUGCUGUGGGCGCCCGCCAUCCUGUUCUGGCAGCACGUGGUGGGGAAGCGGACGGUGCCCAAGGACAAGUGCUCCAUCCAGUUUCUCUCGCAGCCCAUCAUCACCUUUGGGACGGCCAUCGCCGCCUUCUACCUCCCCGUCACCAUCAUGAUCAUCCUGUACUGGCGGGUGUACCGGGAGACGGAGAACCGCACGCGGGAGCUGGCCGGGCUGCUGGGCUCGCCAGGGAGCGGAGCCUCGUCGCAGGGAUCCGGCCAACGGCCGGUCCCCUCCAGCAGCCCCAAGAGCAGCAGCAGCAGCUCCGGAGAGGCGAACACUGUAAACAGCCCCGAAAGGCGGGGGCGGCCCCUGUGUGACUGUUUUGCCCUCCGACAGAAAGUACCGAGACCGACGAGGAGGAGAGGGCCAGACCAGCGGUUAUCGGCUUGCACUGAGCAGAGCUACCUGGAGGCCAACAGUAACGGCAGCUGGAACGUGGUGGGGGAUGAAGACUCCAGCUCCUCCACAUUCACGGGGGAGGAGCCGGAGCCAGAGCCGGCUGAGAGAGAGAUAAAAAUCAUGGUUAGGCCUGCACCUCUGAUCCAGGUGACCGGUGCACUCAGAGGGGCACAAAAAGACCUGGAAGGUUCUAGGGUCUCCAGAGUGAAAGACUCCAUAAGCAGCCAGUCGGGGAGCCAGUCCUCUCUCGGCCGAGCCAAACAGCUGUCCCCCAGCACUCCAAAUAGGCCAAAAACAAAGAAGAGGCGAAGCACAUCGCUCAUCAAGGAGAAGAAGGCCGCCAAGACCCUGAGCGCCAUCUUGCUGGCCUUCAUCCUGACCUGGACACCCUACAACAUCAUGGUGCUGGUGUCGACAUUCUGCAACGACUGUGUGCCCGACAAACUGUGGCAGCUGGGCUACUGGCUCUGCUACGUAAACAGCACAGUCAACCCCAUGUGCUAUGCCCUCUGCAACGAGUCCUUCCGGGUCACGUUCAAGAUGCUGCUUCUCUGUCGCUGGGACAAGAGGAAGUGGCGUCGGCCUCACCACAGUGCCCCGCCCUCCCACAGGCCACAUAAGUCCACCACCACAGUUUGAGCCCCCAAACUUCCAAUUACACAAAUGUCUGAUGCAAUUACUGAUGUGGCAGCAGGCUGGUAAAAUUACACAAUUUUCCAAAGUUAACAAGAACUGUUUACUCUACCCCCUAAAAACUGGAUUUUGCUUUUUUAUUUCAAAGUAAAGUUCACCUUCAUGCACACCCACUAACUUAAAGUUCUGGCUCCCCCUAGUCAGGAUAAAUGGCACAAACAAUUUGCACAAGAAAAAUCUAAUAAUCAAAUGGCCUUGUUAUUUUCUAUGCAUAUUCACUGAGAACAGAAUGAGUGAUGACCUUUUCUGUAUGCAUUUAAUGGUAACCACCAUGAGUUAGCUGUCCUCAAACAGCUUUGGACUGAAGUUUGAGGACGGUCAUUCAGGGCGUGGUCAAUUGUGUCACCACAGUAGGUGCGAUUUUGUGGUUGACUUACAGAUUGCAAAAAAAUAAAGUUGUAUGUGUCUGUGGUGUGAACAUAUAUGUGGCAACUUUAUUUAAAUAUAAGGAUCAUUCAAGAGCCAUGAGAAAAUUAUGAACAGUGUAUGCCCAUGUGUUGAGAAUUCAAUAUAUAGACUUGCACAGCCAUUUAGAGGCUUUUUGAACUCUUCUCUCCCCCUUUCCAAGACAAACCACUGCCACAUUUGAUAAACUUGAGGAAAAUAUCAAAACACAGUCUAAACAUUACAGAUGAUUCAUACAUUGCAUGAAGUUCCGAAUUCUUUUCAAGUCAUGCUCUGUCCAAAUAAAGAAAUUCUGGCUGAGAAUGUGGAAAAAUUUGAUUGAGGAAAAUGGGUGCACAUAAAUAAGGAAGAACCUUACGCAGCUAGAGACGUUUCAAAGAGAUGUUUGAGUUGUCAGGCCUCUGCAUCUUCUGAUAUUAAUGGUUGCUUUUGGCAACAUUCAAAAGAAACAGAAACGCAAGCACCCAAGAGGCGAAUGAACACAAUACACCAGCUGCUUGAUAAUGUGGUUAAAUGUUGCAUCCAUCAAACUUACAUUUUAUUGCAUAUAUAAGUUAAGAUAUUAAUUAUUCUUGCCAGGAGGUGAGAAUAGUUUUAGUGCUUUCCUCUAAUCAUUCUGUUACAGGGCCUGAUUAGUCUUCUGAGUUCACAAGCAGAGGUGUAUAAUACCUAUGGUACAUCUGGGAAUUAGCAGGCAUUCAUGGAUGAAAAUAUGUGCUCAUUCAGUGGUUUAAAGUUAUUUCCCAAAGGAUAAUUCUCUGUUAUUAUCAGCCAUUACUACAGAGUCUUAGACCACAACAUUCUAUGUAGAUUGUAAUUCUCAAACUCAGGAGCAAAAGGGUCAGCAGUAUUCUGUUUUUGUGACAACCAAGUGUAGGGACAAGUGGGUGGCUUUUCCUGUUCAGGCACCGUUCUAGUGCAUGGAUAGAUCCUACCGUCAGGAAUCCCAAACGUGCCAGCCCUAACUGUGGCCCUGCAGGGAUUCCAGUCUCAUCGCUCUGUAGUGACCCCUGGUGGUCGGCGGAGCACCUACAGCCAGCUUGUCUAAAGCAGCAUAUUCAAAGCAUCUGCACAAGCUUGGCUUGCGGCUUGCGGUGUGAAAAACAGCUGGAGACAUCAGUUGUUAUGGAGGAGUGUGUGUUCAUCUACACUCCACUGCAUCAGCCUCAGAGUUUCAGCAUGAGCUCUCCAAAUUGGAAAGAAAAGGGGGGGGGGGGAGUUAUUAAACUACCUGGACAUAUUUAGCACUAUAUUCAAAAAGAGAUACUGUAUGUACGCAUCUGUUAUUGGGGAAAAGCCAUCUGUAAUACAGUACGAGGCCCCUUAAUUGUUGUAUGAAGACCAGGGCAGAGUGAAAUAAACAGCUCUAAGAUCAGA